GGGAGGUGUAGGUGGUGGGCAGGAGAAUCGGGAUUGGAAUAGGGACAAUGUAUGAUUACACUGAAAACCAAUUAGAGAAGGAUCGAUUCACAGCUUCCCGCCCGUACGACCCGGACAGGGAGAAGGCGCAGGAAGACGAGGAAGCCCAGGGUACCCUGCCAAGGGACGCGCUGCGCGGCGCUCCUGGGAGACACAAGUUGCGUGGUAGGAGCUUCAGAGGCCGCAAGCUCCGGGGCGGAGCGCUGCCCUACCCAGCCCAGCCCAGCCCAGCCCGGGCUGCUCGCUGACUUCCGCUUUCCCGGCUGGCAGGCAGAGCAGGGGGAGAAGCCUAGGAGGGAGCAGGAUGGCCGAGGCCAGCGGGCUGACUAGCUGGGCUGCAAGGUGUUGGCGCGCCACAGACGUGCAUCUAUAUAAGCCUGCGGGGGCGGGGCGGCGGGAGUGUUACACGCACCCCAGUUUAAACGGCCACCUCCGGGCCAUGGAGUGAGUGCAGCUGCUGUCUCUCGCACUCUCACUCCGCGUUGAGGCGGAGGAGGAGGAGGAGGAGGAGGAGACUCGGGCGGCCGCCCCUCGGCGCUGGGGUUAUUGGUGAGCAAUUCGCGGCACAGGCCCGGGUCUUUGCAAUGUGCCCGGAGAGCCUCGGGUAAAGAAGAGGGAACCCUGUGAGCUGGGGAGAUGAGAGAAAGCGAACCUUCUAGUUUCCUCCUCUCGCUCGGCUGCCUGCGCUUUCCUGGGAACCAGCUCUGACGCCUCCCUGCCCCUAACACGUGCAACCGGGGUAUGCAUUAUCAACUCUAAACUCUGGAUAUUUCUAUUCCAAGAGAGAGACAAACAGGUGGGACAAUAUGAAGUCCAAUCCUGCCAUCCAAGCUGCCAUUGACCUCACUGCAGGAGCUGCAGGAGGGACAGCAUGUGUGAUGACUGGGCAGCCUUUUGACACCGUGAAAGUGAAGAUGCAGACAUUUCCCAACUUGUACAAGGGCCUUGUAAACUGCUGUAUAAAGACAUACACCCAAGUGGGCUUUCGGGGCUUCUACAAGGGGACCACCCCAGCACUAAUUGCCAACAUCGCAGAGAACUCUGUACUCUUCAUGUGCUAUGGUUUCUGCCAACAAAUCGUGAGGAAGAUAGUUGGACUGGAGAAGAAUUCAAAGUUGAGUGAUGUACAGAAUGCAGCUGCUGGAUCUUUUGCUUCUGCUUUUGCUGCCUUGGUACUAUGCCCCACGGAACUGGUGAAGUGUCGCCUACAGACCAUGUAUGAAAUGCAGACAUCAGGGAAGAUAGCAGAAGGCCAGAAUACAGUGUGGUCUGUUGUAAAGGGCAUUCUUCGAAAGGAUGGCCCCCUGGGUUUCUACCAUGGACUCUCCAGCACUUUACUUAGAGAAGUACCUGGAUAUUUCUUCUUCUUUGGUGGAUAUGAGCUGGGCCGAUCAUUUUUUGCAUCAGGGAAAUCAAAAGAUGAGUUAGGGCCCAUCCCUCUGAUGUUAAGUGGUGGCUUUGGAGGAAUCUGCCUCUGGAUUGCUGUGUAUCCGGUGGACUGUAUCAAAUCAAGAAUCCAAGUUCUUUCCAUGUCUGGAAAACAGGCUGGCUUCAUUGGGACAUUUGCGAGUGUUUUAAAAAAUGAAGGGAUAGGGGCCUUGUAUUCUGGACUGAAGCCUACUUUGAUCCGAGCUUUCCCUGCCAAUGGGGCUCUGUUUUUGGCAUAUGAAUAUAGUAGGAAGUUGAUGAUGAGCCAAUUUGAAACCUACUAAUGUAUCUCGGUGGUACUGGAUUGAAAAACUGCUGCUGUUCAUCUCAGGGUUUUACUGAGUAUGAAGACCAACAUGAAAAUGUUCUAAUUUCAUAGGACUUCUCCCUUUCUCUCCCCAGCCUUCCAUUUUCCCAAAGAACCUAAAAUUUACACACACUAGUUUCUGCUAGUGUUUUUAUGAGAGAUAGAGUUCUAUCUUUUCUCCUAACUCGGAAUAUACCCAGUGAGCUUAAACUCUUCCCCAGAGAACCUGUCUUGAAAAUGGCUUUGGAUGUGUCCAUGGAGGCUCUUUGCAUCUCCCUUGGCCUUAUCUUUGAAGUGUGGAUAGUGGAAAGACUUGAAGUGAAGCAUGUAGUUUGGUUUCUAGUCUUUUACUUAAACUUAACCAGAAAAAACCUAGGGGUGGCCAUGUGUUAAUAAAGCACUGAAAGUGGAUCCAAAGAAGUGAUAAACAAUUGUUUAAAUAACACACUUUAAAUUUAUGCUUUCUUUUUUUUUUUAAGUACCUAUUAAGAUGUCCUAGGCAGUCAAUUUGUAAAAUAAAAUUUCCUUUAUCUCUGGUGCUUAGAAACUAAGAUAUCUCUGCUCCAGAAUAUAAUAAAAAAUCUUGCAGAUUGGUUUUCAGAUUGGCAUGAUUUUCACAUUUCUGAUAGUGGACAAAUUUCUGAGCCAAUGUUUUCCCAGAAAAGCCCUUAAGAUAGUCUUACUAGGUCAGAAAGCUAGGUGGCUCAGUAAAUUGAGAACCAGGACUAGAGACCGAGGGCAGGGGUUCAAAUCUGACAUCAAAUACUUCCUAGUUUUGUGACCCUGGGCAAGUCACUUAAACUCCAUUGCCAAGCCCUUACCGCUCUUCUGCCUUGGAGCCAGUAUACAAUAUUGAUUUUAAGAUGGAAGGUAAGGAUUUUAAAAAAAGAUAGUUUUUUUCUGGCAUAGCUCCAGCAGUUAUUUUUUUAAAGUGGGACACAUUUCCUCUCUGAUGUUAUGCUGGUAAAUUUAGUCUAAUAGACCAAAUUGUCCCAAAGCCAAUGACAAUAUCAUUGGUGUUCCCUUCACUUCUCUUAGAUCCCCUCCUCAUAAAACUCCUCAUGUUUCCAUGGUUGGGUUGAGUUGAGUAAGGGCCAUACAGGAGGGCUACCCUGAAGAGAUAGCUCUUGGACCUCUGGUUUUUACUCACCAUGUCCAGCUGUCUGAAUUUUAAAGUGGCAGAGUCUAGGGUACCAAUGAGUAAUCUCCUUGAUGUCAUUCUUUGGUUUAUUUUUCUGUGGUCUCCAACCAUGGAAGAGGGGAAGGUAGAAGACAUCUACUUUGUAAAUCUAGAAACACAAUAAGUCCCCUUGUGCUCUUGUAAUCAUCAACUGAUGCUGGUAUGGGAAAUUCAGUGCUCAUAUCACACAAAAUAGCACUGCAUAGGGAGUUAUUUCUCUGUAGUGAGUAAUGUCAAUGGUAACACAUCCUGAAGUUCACAUAAAGGUCCACAUAUUGCCAUUUAAUUUUUUAGGUUGUUUGAUCCUUCUGAAAUAUGUUUCAGUGAAUGUCUGAGUUUUAGAAAUGGUGCUUAAUGAUUUCUGAUUUUUAAUAUGUAUGUGAUAUGAAUAGAAAAUUAUAAAACUGAUUUCUGUAACUCAUAAGAAAAAACUCAUUACUUUGUCUCACACACACACAUACACAUGCAAAAUUAUAGUCAUUUUAUCUUAAAGAAUAUCUUAAAGGACCUGGUUACUUGUUAAUAGCUAUAUUUUGUCCUUCACCCAAUGGGCAUUGUGAUAACUAAUUUUUUUAAAACACAUUCAUUGUGUACAUAGAAUUGGGUUGGUAGAGAGAUUGCCUGAAGAUGUUACUCCCUCAUAAGUGACUUAUCAACCAAUAUUUGAAGAUAAAACCAAAGAUGAUAGCAAUCAUGUAGUCUGUACUUACUUGGACACUUUGGGAUGUUUCCAUGCUGAGAUUCAUAAAUCUUUAUUAUGACCCCUCCCCAAAAGAUUUUUUCCUUUUUUUAAUCAAUGUUGAAAUCUCCCCUAAAAUAAUUAACUCUAUCAUCAGAUUUGAAAAUGCUGCCUUAAAAAUGUUGAUUUCUUUCAUUUUAAUAAUAUUUAUGGAGCUAUCUCCACCCCUCCAAUUCUAGAACUAAUUAGAAACAAGGGUAUAAGAAAAGUAGUGAUUUUACUGAAGUUACACAAGCUGCUGUUCAUUUUGGUGAUGAUUCUCUAGGGUAGGGCUCAAAAUAUUUGAGAGGCUGCAGGCUGACUGGUCUUAGCUUCCAUUUAAGUCAGGGCUUCCUCAACUGGGAUCUGUUACCCUUAUGAAUAGACAUUAGGGUCCAUGAACUUGGAUGGGGAAAAAAAUUACAUUUUAAUUUUCAUUAACUUCUAGCCAAAAUUUAGCAUUUUCUCUAAUACUUCCUUAGAUUAGAGCAUUAAAUUAGAUCUACUUUCUGAAUCUGAGAAGAGAAGGCUUCACUAGAUUGCGAAAGGGGUCCAGGAAACACAACACACACAAAAGGUUAAGAACUUCUUCUCUAAGUGAAUAUUUUGGCAUUUCUCAAAAUUAUUAGUCUUGACUUGAGGUACAAAAGGAAACAGCAUGCUCAAAAUCCUAUCUUCUCCUCUCUCAAAAGAAUCAUGUCCACAAAGGCCUACCCCAUGUGCCUAUUCUAAUUUCCCCAUGUUAGCCCUGCCCUCAGCCUAGCUUUUCUGCAAAGCACAUGCCUUUUCAACAUACUACAUGAUUCAACAAGAAUCAUUUGAAGUGCAAUGGGUGGAGCUGUAAGCUAACCAAGUCAGAACAGAACUUUGAUUGAAUCUAUUUAAUGAAUUCAUGUUUGACUUUGGAGUAUAAUUGGUACCACUUAACAUCUGUUUUAUUUCUAUAGGAAUAUAACUUCAAAUACUGUGUUUCAAGACUCUGGUAUUUCUAUCAUUAAAUUAUUUCCUUAAUACAUGAAUAUA